AUGGCAAAGAAGAGUAAUAAGGUAUCUGCUAUAGAGGCUCCUUCACAGAAGGAUUUUAUUUUGACUAUUGAUAGUGACUCCGAGGGAGACAAUGAAAUACCUGACCUUGAAGAAGAGUCUGAAGUGGAUCAAGAGUUGAAGGAAGAAGAGAAUCCAAAUCCAAAAUCAAAAUCUAAGAAAAAUAAGAAGAAUAAAAGUGGUAACAAGGAUCAAGAACCUAAUGAAGAACAAGAAGAGAUAAAUCCUAAUUUCAAGUUUUCAUUAGAUGGGUUUGAGACUAGUACAGCAUUCGAUGGAUGGGAUUUCAAAGUAGAAUCCAAUGGAGAGGUAUCCAAAAAGCCUACAGUUAAAGAUGUUGAUUUAGAUGGAAUCUUGAGAAGGAAAGGUGGUCUAGCAAAUUUGGCUGGGUCUGACAUUAAAGUUGAUGAAAAGAUCGAGGAUGUGGAAUCUGAAGAUGACGAAGAUGAACAGGAAGAAGGUGAUGAUGAUGAUGAAGAUGAUGACGAAUUAGCUCUAGAUGGGUUUGGAAUGAGCGCUACAGAACCAUCCGCAAAUAUUGAAAAUGCUGAAGACGAGGAAGAAAGCGAAGAUGACGAUGAAGCAGUCGAAGCAGAUAUGGACGAAGAACACCCAGGCUCGGACGAAGAAGAUGAAAAUCCCGUUGAGGAUACUGCGGAGGAUAUGGCUGAAUUUUAUGCUGAUGAAGAAGAAGCAACUACAGCUAAGAAACAACUUCAUAAUACUUUCCAAAGUUUACAAUUAUCACGUCCUGUUUUAAAAGGGUUAUCACAAUUGGGAUAUACAAAGCCAUCUCCAAUUCAGUCUGCUUGUAUUCCAAUUGCUUUGCUUGGUAAGGAUAUAGUUGCUGGUGCCGUUACAGGUUCUGGUAAAACUGCUGCAUAUAUGAUUCCAAUAAUUGAAAGAUUAUUGUAUAAGCCUGCAAAAAUUUCAUCGACCAGAGUUAUUGUAUUGGCUCCUACAAGAGAAUUGGCAAUUCAAGUCUGUGAUGUUGGUAAGAAAAUUGGACAAUUCGUAAAUAAUUUGAACUUUGGGUUAGCAGUAGGUGGUCUUAAUUUAAGACAACAAGAACAACAAUUGAAGACUAGGCCUGAUAUUGUCAUUGCAACACCAGGUAGAUUAAUUGAUCAUAUUAGAAACUCUCCGUCGUUUUCGAUUGACUCUCUUGAAGUCUUGGUAAUCGAUGAAGCUGAUCGUAUGUUGGAUGAAGGAUUUCAAGCUGAAUUAACCGAAAUAUUGUCUUUAAUUCCAAAGCACAAAAGACAGACAUUAUUAUAUUCUGCUACAAUGAAUACUAAAAUUCAAGAUUUGAUCCAGUUAUCUUUACAAAAGCCAGUUCGUGUGAUGAUCGAUCCACCUAAAUCCGCAGCAACUAAGUUAAUUCAAGAAUUUGUUCGUAUCCGUAAAAGAGAUCACUUAAAGGCGGCGUUGUUAUUCCACUUGAUAAAGAGUGUUGACCCAAGUCAACAAAAUCGUAUAGUUGUUUUCGUUGCGAGAAAAGAAUCAGCCCAUAAAUUGAGAAUUAUUCUAGGACUUUUAGGUAUGAGAGUUUCAGAAUUGCAUGGAUCCUUGACCCAAGAGCAACGUCUUGCUAGUGUUAAUGACUUCAAGAAUUUAACUGUUCCAGUUUUGAUUUGUACUGAUUUGGCUGCAAGAGGUUUAGAUAUCCCAAAAAUUGAAAUUGUCAUUAAUUAUGAUAUGCCAAAAACUCACGAAAUUUACUUACAUAGAGUCGGUAGAACUGCGAGAGCUGGAAGAGAUGGUAAGUCUAUCACAUUCGUGGGUGAAUCCACACAAGACAGAGCAAUCGUCAAGGAUGCAAUUAAAUCUAUAAGUGACGAGCAAGCAAGAAACUCAAAGCAAGGUAAAGCAGUUUCUCGUAAUGUUGAUUGGAAAGAGGUUGAGGAAUUGAACAAAAUAGUUGAAUCCAAGGCGACAGUGAUUGAAGAGGUGUUAGACGAAGAAAAGCAAGCAAAAGAAAUAUUACAUGCUGAAAUGGAAUUGGCUAAAGCCACUAAUAUGAUUAAACAUGAAAAGGAAAUUCAAUCACGUCCAAGACGUACGUGGUUCGAAUCUGAAAAGGAUAAGAAGCAUCAAACCGAAGUUAUGCAACAAUUAACGAAACACGGUAAGAAAGUUAAUUCCAAAAAGAGAAAAGCAAUUGAAGAUAAGAAAGAGAACACCUCAAGGUCUUAUAAGAAAACUAAGCAAGAUAGAAUGACUCAGAAAAAGCCAAAAUCAAAGGGUAAGCAUAAGAAAUAG